AUGACACAGACCGUCAGCCUAAAUACGGAGGUGGUCAAGUUCGAGAUCUGGGAUACAGCCGGGCAGGAGCGCUACAAGAGCCUUGUCCCAAUGUACUACCGGGGUGCUGCCGCUGCUGUCAUAGUCUUUGACAUCACUUCACGGGAGUCCUUCGAUGCAGCCAAAGCCUGGGUUUCCGAGCUGCAGAACUCGGACACAUUGAUCGCGUUAGUCGGGAACAAGUCUGACUUAGAGGCGAACCGGGCUGUCGACAAGGAUGCGGCGAGAACCUUUGCCGACCAGAUGGGCCUCCUUCAUAUGGAGACGUCUGCUAAAACCGGGCAGAACGUCAACGAGUUGUUCAAUGAGAUCGCAGUUCGGCUGCCACGGCGACCGCAGGAGGAGCAGAGGACGCGGGGCUUUGCUGUCGGACAGAGCGGCGAAAGCUCUGCUGGCUGUGCGUCUUCUUGCUGA